UGAGCCCAUUUAGCUUUGCAGAGUAUAAUUCACGAAACAGAGGUUCUAGAGGUUUGAAGAAAGAAAAAGAAAGCGGAGAAAAUUGGAAGAAGAGAAAUACCGAAGAUGCCGUGCCUUAAUCUCUCAACCAACGUCAACCUCGAGAAAAUCGACACCUCGGCGAUCCUCUCCGAGGCCUCAAAGGCUGUCGCCAGGGUCACGGGCAAGCCUGAACAAUAUGUGAUGAUAGUGCUAGAAGGAUCCGUACCAGUGUCAUUUGGGGGAUCACAGGACCCUGCUGCAUUUGGUACACUGGUUUCUAUUGGAGGCCUGAAUCCUGAUGUGAACAAGGAUCUGAGUGCUGCGAUUGCUGCUAUCUUGGAGACCAAGUUGUCCAUUCCUAAGUCACGUUUCUAUCUCAAGUUUGAAGAUACAAAGCGUUCAUACUUUGGGUGGAACGGGUCAACUUUCUAGAUAUGUAUUUCCCUUGGCCUAAAUAUUUUGAAUCCAUAUGUCAUGAUCAAAAGACCUAAGCUUUUACUCUUUCAGAAUAUCAGCCUCUGCGUCAGGAACUAAAGAUUGUGUUGAUUUGUAAUGCUAUUUCUAUACCCUUCUCUCAUUUUAAUACUGGUACAGUAAAUGCAAGUUUCUUAAGUUUUAGUAUGGUUUUGCUCGUAAUUUUGAAAAAUUUGCAAU